CGUGGUGAAUCACUUUCCUUUCUCUCCUACGCUCGUCUCUCACUCGAUAUAAAUACAAGUCCAGUGGUGAGAUGCAGCGAAUCGAUUGCCUUUAAUUAACACCACUCCAUCUUCAUUCAAAUUUGCAAGUCCUUCAACAAUACAUCAUAGCGAGAGCGUUUCCAUGCUUUGCUGCCAUCAAGGAGUUCAAGAAUAUUAUACAAUCGAAUCGGAUUAAGUAGGCAUGGGAGACGAGGAGUUUCAAAUCGGGAGCGGAAGCUGGUCGCAGCGAAGCAGAAGCAGCCGGUGUUCUUCGCCGUCAUCGACUUCCACUUACGCCUGGCCGACACAAGUCGGCAACGUUAUGAAGUCACCGGCACUGCUUCUUAAUACGAAUGAUUCGUCUAACUCCGUCUCGGCUAAUUUAUUCCAAGAUUCUCACAAGCAGCCGCUUCAUCAAGACAAUCCUAAUUUACAUUUGAUGGGACUAGGACUCUCUACUCAACCCUUGGACUGGAACCAACAUUUCCGUCGUGGUAUCGAGAAAAGUGAUGAGAAUUCCAGCUUUCGGUCGAUGCUGCAAGAUGAUCACGAUCAGUUAAGUUCGAACGCUCCGAAUUUUCAACAAGCCGAGCAGCCGUGGCCGCCGAGAACACAGAAAAUGAUGAUGUAUUCGUCCUCGUCAGCAGGAACCGAUUCUGAAGGAGCUUUCCCUUCUCUAAAUCCGUCUCAGCUAAUGAGCACCGGACAUCAUCAUCAUCAUCAUCUCAAUCCGAACACAAUUGAUCAUCACUUGGAUUCGUCUUUAUCUAUGCAGUAUCACAACAGCCCUUCCACAACUUCGAUGUUACCCGGGUUGUUAGGAUACGAAAUCAAUCAUCAACCUCAACAACAACAACAGCAACAACAGUCCGCGCCUUUUGACACUCGGUCCCCCAUGACUAACUUCAAUUCCUUUCCCACAAGCUACGGAAUGAACUCAUCCUCGACAUCCGAUCACGAUCCUCAGCAGCUAAUUAUGCAGCCGAAUUCCUGGCAGGCACCGAAUAACAAACCUCAAAACCAGUUACACCUCUCCAACAACGCUCCCUUCUGGAACGCAUCAGCGGCCGCUCCAAUCAUAAAUCACGACGUACGAUCCAACUUUUUCCCGUCUUUGCAAAUGCAAUCAGCCUCAUCGACUUUCGAUGAAAAGCCAAAGAAAAGUAGUAGCAGCGAAACAUCAAACAAAAGGCCUAGGAAUGAAACACCGUCAGCUAUGCCAGCUAAGGCGAGGAAAGAGAAAAUGGGGGACAGAAUCACUGCGCUUCAACAAUUAGUCUCGCCUUUUGGAAAGACGGAUACGGCAUCGGUGCUAUCGGAGGCCAUUGAAUACAUCAAGUUCCUCCAUGAACAAGUCAGUGUUUUGAGUAACGCAUACAUGAAAAGUGGAGCUCCCAUUCAACAACAACAGCAACAGAAAUGUGAUAAAUCAAAGGAUUCAGAAGGGCAAAAACAAGAUCUUAGAAGUCGAGGGUUAUGUCUAGUCCCAGUUUCAAGCACAUUCCCAGUCACCCACGAAACGACGGUCGAUUUCUGGAACCCUACAUUUGGAGGAACUUUUAGAUGAAUUUGAGUAACAUAUAUCAAGUAAUUAGAUGCAGUGGCCAGUCUGCAGCAUCUGGUCUGAUCAUAAUAUGCACUUCUUAAGUACUAGCUACUAAUUUUAUUACAUAUGCAUGCUUAUGAGCCCUAGUGAAAUUGUGUAAAGAUAAGGCAUAGAAGACAGUAGUGCUGGAGCCAAGUAAUUCAUGUUCAAGGGUCCAGAUGAAGGAAAAGGAGAAACACAAGGAUAUGAAGCUUUAAACGACUGGUGAAAUAAUGUUGGGCCAUCCACAGGUGAUAUGAUGCAGCUAGCUUUGGCAGAUUAUAGGGACCAUCAAUUGGAGCUACAGAAUAUAUGGUGUUUAGUAUUGUAUUGUAAUAAUUACUGAUGAUUAAUUUUAAUUAAAACAGAUUGAUUAGGAAUGUAAUCAAGUGCUGUUUUUAUAUAACACAUAAAGGUACCGUAUUUUACAUGUA